GCGAUAGGCGCGCUACACUCAAGAUGUGUACCCCGUGGACGUAUAUACGUCGGGGCCUGCAUAGGCAGGCCCGUAUCACCUUGCCCGCCUCACUCAGUCUCAUUGUUUCCGCUCAUUUGCUUCCUUCAUGUCCUCCGCCCGACCACUACGUUCGACCUGCUCUGGUUUUGGGCUUCCAGAAAUGAUCGUGCAAACUGCGGUCGAAUGCGUGUGUUAUGGUGUGCAAAUGACCAUCCUUGUGGCGACCUGGAUUGCUUGAGGGUGCGUACGGACGUC